GCAUACAAUAAAAUACAACACUGCUGCCUUUGUCAUUUUUUUUUUCGUUUCACAUUGUCAUUUCCCGUUUCAGCAAUAAUUUUUGUGUGUCACAAAAGUGCGUUUAUUCCAUAGAGAAGUCAGUGUUAUUUUCGAUAUAAAUUUUUGUCGGCAGUGCUAAAUUUUUUUUGUUUUAAUCCAAUUUAUUGUAUGAGUCAAAAAACUGAAAGACCAGUACUAUCAGGUCAGCGCAUCAAGACCAGAAAAAGAGAUGAAAGAGAAAAAUAUGACCCAACGGGAUUCCGUGAUGCGGUCAUUGCUGGUCUCGAAAAAACUGAAGGUGACUUAGAACAAAUCUCUAAAUAUUUAGAUAUCGCUGGUAAUAAACUUGAUUAUCGCCGUUACGGCGAAGUACUAUUUGACAUAUUAAUUGCUGGUGGUCUCUUAGUUCCUGGUGGUUCAAUCUCUCAGGAUGGCGAGAAGCCACGCACAAAUUAUUGUAUAUUCGAAGCCCCCGAAGAUAUGGAAGCAAUGCGUAACCAUGAGCAGGUAUUCAUCAAGCUCAUGCGUCGAUAUAAGUACUUGGAGAAGAUGUUCGAGGAGGAAAUGAAGAAAGUAUUAGUCUUCAUUAAAGGUUUUACUCCAAGCGAACGCAUUAAACUAGCGCGUAUGACAGCGCUGUGGUUAGUUAAUGGUUCUGUGCCACCCACUGUUUUAUUGGUACUCAAUAAUGAACAUUUAAUUAAGGAUGGUAUUGCUCUUGAUUUUUUGGUUGAACUAUUUGUCACCUUUAAACAAGAGAAGGGUAUUGCUUCCCUAAUACAAACACUUAAAAAGGGUGGUUUAGAAAGCAAACUUAUGGACUUUUUCCCACCAAACAAACGUACUGAAGAGAAUUUUAAACAAGUUUUUCUUGAAAAGGAACUUACAGAAAUUAUUAAAUUGCAUAAAGCCCAAGCCAGUCAAGAGGCGAAACGUGAACUGCAACAAACUCUUAUUGAUGAUAUUAACGAUGAGAAACCUCACUCAGAAAUCAAUGCAGACAUUAAAGAAUUUGCCGCUAAAGCCAACAUUCCUGAAAAUGAAAUUAUCGUCAUUAUAUGGUCAACGAUUAUGUCACUCGGUGAAUGGAAUAAAAAAGAGGAAUUGGUUACCGAUCAAGCUGUACGCCAUUUGAAAAACUAUUGCCCUCUAUUCCAGGCCUUCACCAGUUCGGAUCGUGCUGAAUUGGCAUUGAUUUUAAAAGUUCAAGAAUUCUGUUAUGAGAAUAUGAACUUUAUGAAAGCUUUCCAAAAGAUCAUCUUAUUGUUUUACAAAACUGAAAUUUUAUCGGAAGUGGUUAUCUUGCGUUGGUACAAAGAUGCCCAUUCUAGCAAGGGUAAAAUGCAUUUCCUAGAACAAAUGAAGAAAUUUGUUGAAUGGCUACAAAAUGCCGAAGAAGAAUCUGAAUCUGAGGAUGAACAAAAGAAUGGAGAAUAACAAGAUAUUGUUGAUAAAGUUCUAAACAUUGACAGCGAUAUUUUGUCUAUAGCAUGAAUAUUAAACUAAAUUAAGAACAUACAACUCUACAAUUUUGUAAAAUCAUCUUUCAAACAAACUUCUACCACCACAACCACCAGCUAAUAUCAACAACAACAACAACUAAAAUAAAACAUAAAUAAUCUCUCAAAACAUUUUAUAUUAAAAAAAAACUUAAAUUAUAUAAAACAAAAACUACCAGCAAGUCUUUUGUCACCCAAUUGUAGACAAACAAAACAUGUAUUGUAAAAAAACACAACUAAACAAAUGAUGAAAACUUAAAUUUAAUACAAAAUUUUGACAGCAGUAAUAAAUAAAAUUGACAAAAUAUAAAACAACAACAAACAACAACAUAUUUUAUUGCAAUAUUAAAUAUUAUAAUAAAAAAAAAAAAGCAAAACAGUAAAGUGUAAGAAUAAUUAAAUUCUCUCUAAAUGAAAUAAUAAUAAAAACAAGAGAAAAAACAAAUUGUAUUGUGUGCGCAUUCAUCAUAUUAAUUCAUUCUCACUCAUUAUAUGUAAUUGUAUUUGAUUAAGAAUGAUUAUUUGAAUAUAAAUUAUAUACAUGUAUAUUUACACAUAAAAAUCAACAACAAAAAAAAAAAAAAAAAUAAAAAUAAAUAAAUUAAAAAAUAAAACACAAAUAUAACAAACUUCUCUUCUUAUAUAUACAAAAUUUAACUAAAAUGUGAGUCUCCUGUAAAAUUAGAUAUUUUUUAUUGUUUCUUUCUUUGCUUCCCCCCCAACACCCUCAUCUCCUCGUCUGACUCGUCUUUUUUCCAAUGUCUACUUUUGAAACAACAACUUAAGAAUAAAAUGAAAAAAAGUACUAAAUACAUAUAGUGUAUUAUUUUAAUAUUUGCUGAAUUUUUAAAAUAAUCUAUUUUGUAAACGUAUUAAGUUAAAUGUAAACACAGAAAACUAUACAAAUUAUAAAAUUUUAUUUUAUAAAGUUCAGUUUUAUUUUAACUAGAUUCAGUUUCUGUAAUUGCCUCCUCCAACAUUUAUUAUUUUGAUUAAUUAGUUCUUUUAAUAAUACAAUAAAUGAACAUUUAA